GAGAGAAAUCAUUGGACCAGGACCAUCCCUGGUGGCACCUAAAGUCUCACUCAUCCCAGGUCCAGGUACAGAAAAGCUGCCCUGCUUCAAAAAUCGCCAAGCUUGUGCCAACCUGUUCCAAACGUAGCCAACCUACGCCUCGCCUCAACAAGCCUCAUCCCCAUCGUCAGAUGUCUACUCCGCCACCAUAGGCUUCGUGGCUGUCUUGUCAAUUCGUCGUCACCUUCGUUUAUUUGCCAUCUGGCGAUCGUUUUCCCAUAUCAAUUAUUAAAGCUGGCUCUCGAUUAUACCAUUUUCAUAAACUCUGCUCGAAUUCCGAAUUCCGUCUCAUACCGCCUAGGUUAUACAUACAUCCAUCUGAAUUAAGCUAGCGACACUCGAUAACACGUUCACUAUUCCACCCGACACUUUUUCCUUUCUUGAUUGUUCUCCAAAACUAAGUCUCGGACACAAAACGAAUACAAUGUCUGACGCUAUAUCAUCGUUUCUCCGGAGGGUAAUUGUCGAAUCUCCUCCUGGAGAAUGGGCUGUGCGCCAGCUUCGCGAGCUUCUCAUUGGCGCCCUUAAGCAAGGUCCUAUCCCUCAACACGUUUCUUUUGAGAUGGACGGCAACCGACGAUAUGCUCGAAACCACAGAAUGGAGACCGUAGAGGGUCAUCACCGAGGAUUUGAGGCGCUGGCUAGGAUCAUGGAAAUUUGCUACAAGUCCGGAGUUAAGGUAGUGACUGUAUACGCCUUCAGUAUUGAGAACUUCAAUCGACCAAAAUAUGAAGUGGAGGGUCUGAUGGAGCUGGCCAAGAUCAAGCUGGAGCAGCUGACAAAAUAUGGCCAUAUCCUCGACCGUUACGGUGCCCGUGUGCGCGUCUUGGGCCAGCGCGAGAUGAUCCGAAGCGACGUUCUUGAAGUGGUCGACAAGGCUGUCGCGAGAACCAAGCACAACAACAAGGCCGUUCUGAACAUUUGCUUCCCAUACACCUCGCGAGCCGAGAUCACUUCCGCAGUGAAAUCAACAGUGCAAGAGUUUCUCGCUCCCACACCUCCUCGAAGCACACCCUUCUCCCCAUCUCGAAUUCGACAGAAGAUCCUUUCGCGCCAGCUGGACGGUCGCGAGGGGCUACCUACAAUCCCGGAUGUCCUCCCCGAAGAGGUCGAACCAUUAGAUGGAGAUGAUGCCAAGAAGGACAGCGAUGGAGAUUCCUCAUCGCCUACACUGCAACCCGACUCCCCUCCUCCUCGGCUGCGCGCAAGAAACAGCGCUGCCAGCCUUUUGGGCUUACCAAACCCCGAAACAAUUACAGCCGAGACCUUGGACAAGCACAUGUACACUGCAAACGACCCGCCUCUAGAUAUCUUUGUACGAACCAGCGGAGUGGAACGCCUCAGCGACUUCAUGCUCUGGCAAUGCCAUCAGGAUACACAGAUCUUCUUCGUCGAUACUUUGUGGCCUGACUUCGACCUCAAGGACUUCAUCUGGCUUUUGCUCGAGUGGCAAUGGAGGCAGAAGCAGAAGGAUCGCGACGAGGCAGUGGUUCGGCCUUCUUCUGUUACAGCGUGAUUUGAUUCUGGUGGCAGUGAUACCCUGGUUGAGUAGAAAAUCCAAACAGCUUUCAUCAUAAGCAGUCUUGGGAUGGUUGAGAAAGGCGUGUGAAUUUGAAGAUUCUGGUGUUAGUUUUGCUGGGGUUAGUGAGCGAUAGACUUUAAUACGCUCACAAUACCAUUUUCUUAGUUUGUACAAGAUAAGCUUGUUUGCGUUGGUUCUAUACUGGUUCAAUCACUGGUUCUUUGUAAACAGAUCUUUCAUCA